AUGACGACGCAUAAGAAAGCGCUUACGAUCGAUACGAUCAACCCUAAUGUCUUGAAAGUACACUACGCCGUACGAGGCGAAAUUCCCAACAAGGCAGCGGAGUUUGAGCAGCAGCUGCAUGAAGGCAAGAACCUGCCGUUUGACUCGGUGGUGUGGACCAACAUUGGCAACCCGCAGCAGCAGCCGAACCUGGGCCAGGAGCCUCUGACGUUCUGGCGUCAGGUCUCGGCGCUGACAGAGUACCCUGCACUUUUGGAUAUGCCUGCGGAGGCCCGCGAUGCGAUGUUCCCUGCCGACACCCAGGAGCGUGCGCGGGAGCUGCUUGAGGCGUUCGGUAGUGUGGGUGCGUACACAUCCUCCAAGGGUGUGCCGCUUGUGCGCAGGCAUGUCGCAGAAUUUCUCAAGGAACGUGAUGGCCACGACGAGGACAUUCACAACAUUUACCUUACCGCGGGUGCCUCGGCGGGCAUUUCACUGAUGUUCCAAGUGUUCUUCGGCAGCGGCGACGGUGUGCUGAUCCCUAUUCCGCAGUACCCUCUCUACUCGGCGACCCUCUCCCUGCUCAACGUGGAGCCGAUGAAAUACAGCCUGCGUAGCGACCACUGCUGGGACCCUUCGGACACGGACGUUCGCCGCCAGAUUGACUUGGCGGUGAAGCAUGGCAUUAAGCCACGUGCAAUUGUGGUGAUCAACCCAGGCAACCCCACGGGCUCGUGCAUGUCCAAGGAGCAGAUUUACGAUGUGAUCAAGGUGGCAUACGAAUUCGAUUUGGCGAUCUUUGCCGAUGAAGUAUACCAGGUGAACAUUUACCAAAAAGAACGACCCUUUGCAUCGUUCCGCAAAGUGCUGCUCGAUCUGCGCCACAGCAGUGACCCAACAGAGCGCGAUAUGAGCGAGAAGGUAGAGCUUGCGUCGCUGCACAGCACCAGUAAGGGUGUGGCGGGCGAGUGCGGUCGUCGUGGUGGCUUCUUUGUGCUAAACAACUUUGACGCAGACGUGGAAGCGCAGGUGAACAAAAUGGCGAGCAUUGGCCUGUGCCCGCCGACGCAGGGCCAGAUUGGUGUGGAUCUCCUUGUUCGUCCGCCCAAGCCAGGCGACCCAAGCUACGAGCUGUAUGCGAAGCAGAUUCACAACAUUCACGAGACGCUGCACCAACGCUCGCUGCUGAUUGCUGAGAAGUUCAACGAGUUGGAGGGUGUCAAGGCGGAUCCGGCGAUGGGCGCGCUCUACAUGUUCCCGCGCCUGCACCUGCCGAAGGCCGUGGCAGACGAGGCGGAGAAGGUCGGCAAGAAGGUGGAUGAGCUGUACUGUAUGGAACUACUGAAGGAGACGGGUAUCUGUGUCGUCCCUGGCUCGGGCUUUGGGUACACGCCACGUGUCUUGGACGACGGCUCGAGCUACUCGUACUUCCGCACGACGCUCCUGGCCAAGGCCACGGACAAGUUUGUGGAGCGGUAUGUGCGCUUCCACAAGUCCUUCAUGGAGCGUUACAAGAACAAGUAA